ACGCUGCCAAAACAAAACAAAACAAAACGGUCACCCACGCCCUCCUCACCUGCCACCUCCCGAUUUGGCGGAAGAUCGCGAGCAAGGCUGGGAUCCGACGUCCCGCUUGUGUGGGCUGAGGGUGGCAGAAGCCCCGCCCGCCACCCUUGCUCCCCUUGCCUUCAUUGCCACCGCAAGCCACCCCGCAGCACACUAGCGACCUGAGCUCAUUCAGUGUCCCAUGCAUGCGUGCUCACGGCCCUACUGCGACCCACAUUCCGAAUUCUUGUGAGGCUUAUCGGAAGAAAUGGAAGCCAGAGACAAGCAGGUACUCCGCUCCCUGCGUCUGGAGCUGGGUGCCGAGGUACUGGUGGAAGGACUGGUUCUUCAGUACCUUUACCAGGAAGGAAUUUUGACAGAAAACCACAUUCAAGAAAUCAAAGCUCAAACCACAGGCCUCCGGAAGACAAUGCUGUUGCUGGACAUCCUGCCUUCCAGGGGCCCCAAAGCUUUUGACACCUUCCUCGAUUCCCUCCAGGAAUUUCCCUGGGUAAGAGAGAAGCUGGAGAAGGCGAGAGAGGAAGUCACAGCCGAGCUGCCUACAGCUCAGCAGAGAAAAGACCAUUUGCACGAGAAGCCUUUUAUUAGGCUUAUUACCGCAGCACCAAGGGAGGCAGCAGAAGAGAGUGUCUCUCAGUCCACUCACGGAGCCUGCUCAGACAGCCAGAAGAGGCGUUCGGGCCAAUCACUCUCUUGCCCCUCAACACCUGUCAUGGUUACCGAGGCUUGUGCUUGUACCAAUCACAGUCUUGCCCCUUAGCACCAGUCCAUUCUCUUGGAUUUUAUGCCAAUGGUGGCAUUGUCUUAGAUAAAUAAAUCACAGCCGCCCCUCUGCUAGACCCCUGGGGGAGCGCUGCCUUUCUACCCGUGCUGGAAACUGUUCUAGGGUUACAGAGUUCAUAGAGGCUACGACAACAAAGCCCUCCGGGAGCUGGAGUAGGCUCAUCCUUUGCACAGUUGUCACAAGGCGACCAGGGGACUUGGGAAAUUUAUUGUGAAGAAUUCUUUUUAAGAAAAUGUAUUGUUUUGUCUUAGUCAAGGUUUCUAUUCCUGCACAAACAUCAUGACCAAGAAGCAAGUUGGGGAGGAAAGGGUUUACUCAGCUUACACUUCCACCCUGCUGUUCAUCACCAAAGGAAGUCAGGACUGGAACUCAAGCAGGUCAGGAAGCAGGAGCUGAUGCAGAGGCCAUGGAGGGAUGUUCCUUACUGGCUUGCUUCCCCUGGCUUGCUCAGCCUGCUUUCUUAUGGAACCCAAGACUACCAGCCCAGGGAUGGCACCGCCCACAGUGGGCCCUGCCCCCUCUAUCAAGAAAAUGCCUUACAGCUGGAUCUCAUGGAGGCACUUCCCCAACUGAAGCUCCUUUCUCUGUGAUAACUCCAGCCUGUGUCAAGUUGACACACAACACCAGCCAGUACAUGCUUCAAAGUUUCAUGCAUAUGCAUAUAUACUGUGUAUACAAACACACAUAUAUGUGUUUAUGUGUAUAUGUAUCUAUAUCUCUCUCUUCAUGUAUAUCUUAAUCAUACAUACCGGUCCCUCAGUCCCUCCUUCAAACUCGUCCUCUUCCCUACAAAUUCAUGUCCUCUUUUAAAUUAAAAACCAAAAGUUUAAAAAGUGUUGAGUCUUUACAGAGGGGCAUGGCUGGGCAGCCUGCCAGUGGCCACCGCUCAGAACAGUGAAGAAUCUUUAGCUAGUAGAAAGUUACUUCUGAUCAGCUUCUAAAGGACUGACGGUGACUUCCAGGAAACACAAGAAUCACAUUAGAAGAACCUCUUUCUUUCUUUCUUUCUUUCUUUCUUUCUUUCUUUCUUUCUUUCUUUCUUUCUUUUUCUUUCUUUUCUUUCUUUUUCUUUUUCUGGAGCAGAAGGAGAGUACAAGACACAAUCCACAACCUCUUAAGAGUUUGUAAGAAGCUCUCUCCCCUCCCCCACCCCAUUCCUUUCAAGGCCUAGAGUCAGGCCCCUCUGGAGAUGAAGUGGCUUCCUGACAGGGUAUGUGGAUGGACCAGAAAGCUGUCCAAGAUAGAGGGGCAAAGAGGCUGCUUGGAAAGUAACAGGAUAUCUCAGGGGGUCAAAACAUCCCAAACUCAGGAAAAGCCCCUCCCCGCCCCCACGCCAGUGUCUUUUCCUCCUCCUCCCUGCCCUGUAAGGCGGAACUAGCUUUGCAUACAGAACAGCGAUGUCACCGGGAUUCAGCUCAGGAUGCAGAGCAGAGAAGGCAGAGAGCCGAGAAGUGAUAGGCAAUUCACAGGGUUCCGAGAAAACAGCUUGUGAACACUUACCAUCGCUGGCUAUCCUCUGAAAUUACGGUUGUUAUUUUAUUUUCAUGUCUGUGUAACUAGACUGCAGUGUUCUUUAAGGCAGACAUCAUCAACAAUUUUUAAAAAUUCAAGCUUAGAAGCCAUAGCGUAGCACAAGGUGCGUAUCAGCCACCGUGAGUUCGUGGGACGUGCAGAAGAAUUACUGUAAAACCCGAGUCGUACUUUCUUAGAGUUCAGAUUGUGACUAGCGGGAGUCAGGAGCAGACCCGUGCAGUAGAAGAGCCUGGUGAUCCUCCCUGUCGCUGUGCACGAUUUAAUUUGGGUCAUAGUCCUAAAGGGACACAGUCCAUCGUGAUGGGGAAGGUGGAGCUGCCAGAACAAGUGGGUGCUGGUCCCUUUACAUCAGCAGUCUGGAAGCAGAGAGAACAAGAGAACAGGGAGUGGGCCCUGGCCCUAAAAUCUCAUGGCUCAUCCUCAGUGGCAUUCUUUCUCCAUCAAGGCUCUUCCUCAUAAUGAGCCGGUGCUCUUCCCAGUGCCUUGCGAAGAUGUGGACAGUCGGCCCUCCCUCACCAGAUACCGAGUGGCAGCCCUUGACCUAGAAUUUCUAGUAUCCAGAACUGAGAAAUAAGUUUCCAUUCAUUUAUAAGUUACCCAGGCUGGGCUGGCAAGAUGGCUCAGUGGUUAAGAGCGCCGACUGCUCUUCCGAAGGUCCCGAGUUCAAAUCCCAGCAACCACAUGGUGGCUCACAACCAUCCAUAACAAAAUCUGAUGCUCUCUUCUGGAGUAUCUGAGGACAGCUACAGUGUACUUACAUAUAAUAAAUAAAUAAAUAAAUAAAUAAACAAACAAACAAAAAAAAAGAAAUCACUGCAAAAAA